AUGGCAUAUUGCUCAGUUUGUGAUCAAUGGAAGUUGAACGUUGGGAGAGCAAUGAAUCACCAAGUUGCCAGUGGGACUUUGGAUAUUUGUUGUCUAACAUGUGAUCAAGCGAAAAGUUAUGGAUCUGCACCAUUUGCAAACGUACUUGCGGAUCCGAAAAUUAAUACAACGAAAGUGGAAUUGCAAAAGAUUGCAAAGUCGAAUCUCUCUGUGACAAUACAGAGAUUUCCCAUAGUUGUUGCAGAUCGCGCUGGUAGAAUAACUUCAGGCGGCUAUGGCGUCUUUUCUUUUGAUCACGGAGACGAUGGAUCUUGA